AUGCCGAGAACAAGCAAAAGGAAUACUCAGGCGAGUCCAAUACGGGAAACCACCAACAACAAGGUCGGUCAAUUAGAAAACACGGUUCUUCGAUUAGAAGAAAUAAUCGAGCAAAUGCAAACAGUAAUAGAACAACAGAAUAAUAAAUACGAAGAAGCAAUUAAUGGUUUGAAAACAACUUUGGAAGCCACAAAUAAAGAAGUUAUGUCUUUAAGACAAUUGAUAAACGAUACAGACACUAAAAUUGCUAUCGAGACAGCUAGGCGAGAAAGGGAGAUUCAAAACAUAAGAAACGCAAAACCAGAAGAGCCAACAGUAAGACCUAGUACUAUUGAAAUGACAAUGCCAACGUUCAGCGGGGAACAAAAAGAUGAACACCCGAAAAGCUUUCUCAAAGACCUAAACUCAUAUUUCACACAUAAAAAUAUCACACCAACAGAUAAGAUCAUAGUAAUAGAAAAUUGUCUAAAAGGUAAAGCGGCCAAGUGGUUUGGGAUGAUUAAAGAUACUACACCCACGGCAGAAGCAUUUAAAACGCUGUUCCUAAAGCACUUCUUUUCCGACGACAAGCAGUGGGAUAUAUUUAUACGGUGUACCGAGGCAGGAAAACGCCCAAUAAAAAAUGGAUUCCAAGAACACUUCCAUCACUGGAUGGCCGAGUUAAGAUAUUUGGACUCACCGAAAAUGGAUGAGGAACAGGCUAUUAGUCUAAUAAUUAAGCACUUCCCUAUAGCCGUACAGGCAUAUAUACAGUCGACACAGGAAAAGAAAUUUUUAAACAUAUGGGAGAAGUUAGGAGAGUUGGAAAACAACAACAAGGAAAGGGUAGAUGGCGAUGAACAAGUUAAUAAUACGCAUAGUGAACAAAUAGUGACAAAACAUGACCAACCAAAAAAAUUUAAUAGUCGGUACGGUCAAACGCAUACCCCGAAACAACCACAUACUUUUGACAACCGAUACGGUCAAACCACGCAACGACCACAAGAGUUCUCUAGUCGGUACGGCCAGAAACCAACUACACAGCAAGUAAACCAAUCAUCUCCCAAUAUACGCAAUAAGUUUAACUAUCCACAACAAAGGCCACAGGAUACUGGGUCAGGGCAUUAUCACGACACACAGAAAACAAUUAGUCAAGUUACGGUAGACAACACGAUUAUAGAGGACGAACAUGACAGUGAGGAUGAGGACGAAUACGACGAGGAGUCAAAAAACGGAAAGACGGGGAUUAUGGCCAGCGACCUGCUAUAA